GAGAAAUUAUCCUGGAUUUAAAUGUAAGCUUUUACUGUUCGCAUAUGCUGCAGGAUCCAACUUACCUUUGAAGAAAUAUCAAUCAGCAUCUCUGAUGUUCCUGUUGCGGAUAUGUAGAUGAGAUAGUCCAAUAUGCAGCCUCAUGUGAAUUGAACUUCAAUACUGUACGCGGCCAAAUCAAUAUAGUCAUUUCCACGCGUGAUGGCUCCGAAAGUCCAGCGCCUGUGGACAGCUGCUAGCCCAGGGAAAAGAUGGACUGAGCUCUUCUUCCUCAUUUACAGCCCUUUCUGGAUCAUUUGGGCCCUCGGCAUACUUGUGCCCUUUCAGCUGUACGAGAAGCUUGAUGAGCUUGGAUACCUGGCCAUCUGUUUAGCAGCUUCUCUGCCAUGCGUCAUACUGCCACCGCUUCUGGCUGGCAAUGUGGAGAAGGGCAAGCCUUUGGCCCAGCAGUACUGGGUCAAGGCAAAUGUGUGGAUCGCGAUAUUCUCCUUCAUUGGCAACUACUUCUGGACCCAUUACUUCUAUGACCUGCUGGGGGCAGAAUACACCUUCCCUUCCUGGCAGCUCAAUAAGGUGCCAAUCCCGCUGUACUUCAUGACGCAUGCCUACUUCUGCUUCUACCACGCGCUGUCCAAUGUGGUGCUGAGGCGGACGAGGGCUGCCACAGCAAAGUAUGGCAGCACAGCGCAAAAUGCUGCGACGGCCUUGGUGGUGUUCCUGUUGGCUUAUGCCACGGCCUACAUGGAGACACUCACAAUCGCCCACUUCCCCUACUACAAAUUCAAGGACCGCUCACGCAUGUACACUGUGGGGUCUCUGUUCUACGCCAUCUACUUCUUCGUGUCCUUUCCGGCAUUCUAUUUCAUGGAUGAGUCGCUGCGAAAGUGGAGCCUGGCGCGCACAGCAUCAGACGCUCUGGCUGCCGGCAUGCUGGUCACGAUCCUGCUAGAUUUCUGGCGGCUUGGAUUUGGGCCCCUUGACAAUGGUCCUGGGCUGACCGGCCUACUCUCUGAUAUGAAGCUGGCAGGCCGAGUGCUGCCAAUGGGCGAUGACACGGCGCUGGAGAGCUCUGAUGAGUCCGUGAUUGUGACGUGA